AUGAGAAAUAUUUUAUCUACUGUAUUGAUAAAAAAUGAACUUAAAAAUGAUCCAAAAUUAAAAAUUAGCAAAAUAAGAUUGGAAACAUUAUCUCAAGGCAUCGUACAACUAUUUAGCAGUGAAAUUAAAUCAACAUAUUUUAUUGGUUAUUCGCGAGAAGGGUCCAAAAUGAAUAAAGGAAAAUUAUAUAAUAAAUAUUGUAACAAACGACAAGAAAUUAAAAAAAAUUCACCUAUAAUAGUUACUUCAACUAAAAACCACCAACAUGAUUUUUCUCCAAAUGUGAUGUCUGAUGGUAAUUUUUUUUUGUUAAUGUAUAUUGAAUUUAACUAA